AUGCCCUCCUCCAUCUGGAGCAAGCCCGAGACAAGCACCCGCCCCAUCGCCAUAAACAGCCCCGGAGUAAUAGUCCGCCGUGUAGCCAUGAUGUGGGCAGCAGCCCGCUCCGAUAUCAUGAGCCGCGAAAAAGCCUCCAAAACCCACGCCAAGAAAGACCCGCAAGCCUCUAAGCUGGGCACGCAGUCCACCCCCGCCAGCGGAACCACCCUAAUGGUCAACGCUGUCCACAGCGCCCGGACAGGCAUCGACGCCAUGCCUGCGAACCUGGACAUGAAGACCGACAUCUGGGGCCAAGUGGACUCGUCGCAGUCGUCGCAGCGGCUCCCGAACACGGGAUGUGACUACCGCAGCCUGGACGGGCAUGAGUAUAUGGCGCCUGAGCAGACGAACUAUGCGCUGACGAGCUGCGGGCGGACGGGCCCGACGAUUUGCCCGUUUCGGAUCGAGACGGUGCUAUCGGCGAGCUUUCAGAUUGUGCGUGCGAAGGAGGGUUCUGCUGGGUCGGUGUUUCAUCGGAUUCGGGCGGCGAUCCAGUGCGAGUGUCUGCUUGUUAUGGCGGAUGGGGUUAGUGAUGCGAAGAUGAUCGAUGAUAUAUUCAAGUCGUGGUUUAAGGCGGAGAUGGGGCCUUGUAUGAUGAUGGAUCCGGUGUGGGACUUGGAAGUUGUUUUCGAGCAGCAGAUGGGGCUCAAUUUGGGGGAGAGGAAUGGGAGAAGGCUUAUGUUCGUAAGGGUAAUUUGGGAGCUAAGGCCGGUAUAG